CUCGUCUAUACCUGUCGCAGUGAUUUCUCAGUCCUGAAUGGUCCCAAAUGGUCUCAAUCGCAGAAUUUGAGACUGCAUUAAAGGAUGUCGUCAACGCAAAGCGACUCUCGCAGUCCAAGAUGAACUCCUUAACGGAGAUAGCGAUGAAGUGUAUGCAGAAUGAUACCCAGAUGGUGUCGAUUUUAUAUCGGACACAUAAAGCCUUGUCCGUCUCAGGGAAGACUGCCAGCUUGUACGCGUUUGAUGCGCUUGCCCGUGCUGCCCGGCAUCAGGCGAACAAAAACCGCGCUGUCGCGGAUCUGAACUCCGGGCAAGGGAACAGUGCUACUUUCCUGCUGAAGAUAGAAGGCAUCCUCGAUGGUUUGUUCCAGGAUCUGGUGACGAACGGAACCGAUGAUUUGAAGGAAAAGGCCAAGAAGAUCCUGGACAUCUGGGCGAAGUCGAAUACGUUCCCUUCCGCUGUACUGUCACCCCUGUUCGAUUUGCUGAAGCAGGCAGAGAACGAGAAAGAGCCCGGCAAUCCAGUGAACCAAUUAGCGAACCCGACGCCUGAUAACCCGCACGGCGCGUCCGCUGUUCUUCCCAACCAAGCCCCCGCACCGCAGCCUUCCGUGACGCCUCCGGCUAGUAUAGACGUACAGUCCGCCCUCCUGGCGCUCCUGAGCAAGGCCGCUAGUGCCGUAGGGGCGCAGGGCGUGGUCCCUGGCCAAACAGCACCAAAUACCGCUAUCCCUGUGUCGCCUGCUCCGUCUGCUCCGGCCGUCCCAGCACUGGACGCCAAUCAGCUCGCCUUCCUUCACCAGUUUGCACAGACAGCGAAGGACGUCGGGCCUAUAUCUGGACAGCUGCAGCUGCCCGGAUUCGUACCACAGCAGCCGCCUGUAUCCGCGUCGAUAGUGCCAUCGAACAGUGCUGUGCCUAUAGUACCCCCUGCUCAUGCCUUUACACAUGUGCCCGGCGGGCCUCUGCCCCUGCAGCCUCCGUAUCGAGAUGACCAGUAUGGUCUUCCCAGUGCGCACGCGCGAGAGUCAGAGCACCAACCGCCCCAGCAGUACGGCCGGUACGGUCCCGAAGCAGCAACAACAGAUCCCCGCAGCGGGUAUUCCCGCGAGGGUCGUUACGGCAGCGCUCACGACCUUCCUGUCAAUGCGCCUUCCAAACCGAGUCACGAGCAGGGUGGCGGUAGUGAGCACGGCUACGACCAUGCUCCUUAUCCUAACGCCAAUUUUGGCUAUGAACACGGCCCUCCGUACGCUCAUGGGCGCGAACACGAUCCGCGCGGUGACCACCACCGUGACAGGCCCCCGCCACCAAAUCCCAGAGGCAGCUACCGCGAGCGCGGCGGGCCUGGGCGGGGGCGCGGCCGGGGGAGCGGCGGUGGGAGGUGGGACGACCGUGGUCGCAGAGGCGGCGGAGAUCGCGAUGGUAGGGACAGGGACUACGGCGGAGACCGCUACGACGACUCUCGACGACCCGACAGCGGCAGGCGUCAAAGCCGCUCGCGCAGCCCUGGCCCGUCCGACCGCUACCGCGCUGGGGGCGGCCGUGGGCGCCCUUACAGUCCCCCAAGACACCGCGACCAUCGUGACCAGGAUGAACUAGGGCGCGAUGGGGGCGGAUACAGACAGCAAGACCGAUACAGCGAGCGAUACAUGUACAAUACCGGCCCGGAUGGCGCUGCGACGGGCUUUGACGAGUUCGGGAGGGAGCUGAGGCCGGGAUCGCCUGAUGCUCCCGGGGGGUCCGACUCUGCCUCUGCCACUCAACAUCUGCACGCCCAGGGGAGUGCGGCGGCGGAUCGCAGCAAGAGAGGCGACUCGCCAUUCCCGCCCGGCUCAGGCUCAGCCACCGCGUCGGACCGCGGGUCUGCCGCGCCCGAGCACGAGCUGCAAAGGUUCACGAGCCCCUCCCGCCCAGCGCAGGCAUCGUACCCUCCCGCCACCUCUGCGUCGACGUCGACGGUAGCGUCGCUCUCGCCCUCCACGUCGUCAGCACCCCUCCCCCACUCCGCCUCUACGAUCCCCGCGUCCGUUUCUGGCUCUCGCGACCAGCCGCAGGGCGGGCUGGACACGUUCGACCGCGCCGCGUUCGACCCCUCCCAGCCGCAGUCGUGGGUCGCGCUCGGGGAGGCGUGGGCCGCCACGCACGGCGCGGCGCCGACGCAGGAGCAGCUCGUGCAGUUCGUCUUCGGGGGCAUGCCCGGCUUGCCCGCGUCUGCCUCCGGUGCGCCCGAGCAGGGCGAGUAUGCGGGCGGGUACGACGAGCCGCGCGCGCCCGGCGGGAGGAGGACGUCGGGGUACUAUGAGGAUGGGGGCCCGAGCCCCGGUCCGGCGGGGGGAGGGUUCCGCGGAAGGGGCGGGAGGGACGACGGCGACGGGGGCUACCGAGGAGGGGGCCGGGGGCGAGGGUAUGGGAGGGACCGGGGGGGAGAGUACGGAGGGCGCGGAGGGGGAGAUGAUGACGGGCGGCGCGGGGGGUAUGGCGGCGGUCGGGGAGAUUACGG